CUGAUUUGUUCCAAAUGAAUUCGCAUUAUCUUAUUCCAAUAUUGAACAGAUUUUCGUAUUUGAGAGCGCACUUGGUUGUUUCGAACCGAAGAAAUCAUAAAAUUUCCCCCAAUUUUUUUAGGGUUUGUAGGUUUUCGUUUAAUUAUUCCCGCGAGAAUAUGGAAUCUGAAGGUCAAAAGACUGCCACAAAUCCGUCCGCCAUGCUCGCAGGUCUUCUCACUAGGAGAGCCAAGCUCCACGAUGAGCUUCGGAAUAUCGAGAAGCAGGUCUAUGACAUGGAGACUAAUUACCUACAUGAUCCUAGCCAAUGUGGCAAUGUAUUGAAAGGUUUUGAAGGAUUCCUGUCUGCAUCUAAGAGUACUGCUCUGCCGAAGAGCUUGCAGCUGGACGAGACGAUGGGAGAUCCGACUUAGGUCCUGGCCGAUCUAAAGGUGGAGGCAUCUAUUCAAAUGGACAAGGGAAACCGAAAAAGGGAAGACCAACCCCGAGGGAUGCAAAGAGAAUGCGGCAUUCAAGCGAGCAAGAUUUCGACUAUGAUGAUGAUCCCGACUUGACAUUGUGAAUGCUAUAAAUGCAACCUCUCGACUUGGCAUUUUCGUCGCCAAAAGAUGAGCUCUCUCAAUCCUCUUAUUGUUCACGAAGUAAUCACCAUCCCCGAUAGCUAUUUAUAUCUAUGCUUGGUUAUGUUUGUUCUUGGAUAAGUUUAUGUUAUAAAUGGAGGGGAGGAUUCAAAUUUAUGAUUCAUUAGAAAAAGGUACUAAUGUUUUGACCAUUUGAGCGAUGUUCAGGUAAAGCAUAUUUGUCUUUGCUUGCAUACUGUUUAGCUAACGAAAUUAAUUGUAAUUAUAUUUAUAAAUAGAAUGUAACAUUAGCCCGUUUAUCAA